CGAUGCCACUGGCUCACAGAUGGGGCAGGGCAGAGUACCUGUAAAGGUGGGCCAGUUGCGAUGAUCACAUCGUUUUUGCAUAUCUUUUUCUGGUUGACCCAGUGACUACUUGGAAAGACAAGAUGGCGACCGAGGAAGAACGGUGACAGCUAGGAAAGACUGCUGACAUUUGGGAAAGACCAAAGCUGGGGUGUGGAGGUUUGGCAGGCCGAAGCACAACCUUCGCGAGGAGGGACCCAUUGCUAAUCGCUAUGGAAAGGUACAUUAUAAGAUACCCCCAGGGUCGAGCGAGAGCGGGGGAGGAUGAUCGGCCCACAGGACAGACCUUUGUUAUGACCACUCACGAUGGACUUUCGACUAUGGAGCAGGUAAACGAUGUAUCACGGGUCUGCAGAUGUGGUAAGAUAUGUAAAAACGGGAGGGGUCUGAAGAUACAUCAGUCAAAGAUGAAGUGCGUGCAGCCGGAACAUAAUGUGCAACGCACAGGGAAACCUGGUGAGACGGAGGAGAGGCCGGGGCAGGAGGCAAACCACAGUUCCCCGAAUCUCCAGGCACACGAUGAAGAUGGGAGUAGGAACGGCAUCACUGAUGAAUUAGUGAACUGGCCCGCUGCAGCGGCGAGGAAGGAGUGGGAGAGGUUUGAUCACGAUGUGGAUGAGGUGCUGGAAACAGCCUUGGCAGGAGAUGUGGGCAAGAAGCUGAAGGCUAUGGCUUCCAUUAUUUGGAGCAUAGGCGCUGAUCGCUUCGGAAAGAAAGAGCCGAAGGCUAAAACAAACACCCAGCCAAAGGAAAGCAGACGCUUGAAGGAAAUAGCAAUCCUUAGAGGGGAUUUGCGGAGGCUGAGGAAGGCAUUUCGUGAAGCAGCAGGGGAUGAGAGACCAGCACUCAAGGAAAUCCGUGACAACUUGAGGGAGCGCAUUAAGAUCUUGCGAAGAGCUGAAUGUCACCGUAGGGACAGGAAGCGACGAAUGAAGGAGAGGACAGAUUUCACCAAGAAUCCCUUCAAGUAUCUGACAAAACUUCUGGGCGACGUAAGAUCAGGGGAGUUGAAAGCAACAAAGGAGGAGGUGGAGGAGCACCUUCGUCAGGUCCACAGUGACCCCAGAAGGGAGGACAGCCUGGAGGAGAUGGAGAAACUCAUACAACCAGCAGAACCAGCUACCCCCUUUAGAGCUGAGGAACCGAGCUGGCAGGAGGUGAACACCUUUCUAAGGAAGGCCAGAGCAAAAUCAGCCCCAGGGCCGAAUGGCAUUCCAUAUAAGGUGUAUAAGUAUUGUGAAAGGCUCAAGAGACGACUUUGGAAGCUACUAAGAGUUGCAUGGAGGAAGGACUUCCUUGCUGAUAGCUGGCUGGUCGCUGAGGGAUGCUUCAUCCCUAAGGAAGAAAACUCUAUAGGGAUCAAGCAAUUCCGUACCAUCUCACUCCUUAACGUCGAAGGAAAGAUUUUUCUUGGGAUUUUGGCGAAGAGACUGACCACCUUUAUGGUGGACAACGGGUACAUGGACACAUCUGUCCAAAAAGGGGGAGUUCCAGGGGUGGCAGGCUGUCUUGAGCACACCAGUAUGAUCACCAAGAUUAUCGAAGAUGCAAAGAAGAACCGUGGUGACCUCGCAGUCCUGUGGCUGGACUUAACAAAUGCAUUUGGAACGAUACCCCACAAGCUGGUGCAUCUGACGUUGAAGACCUACCAUGUCCCAGAGCGAUUCCAGAAGCUCUUGCAGCGUUAUUAUGAUAACUUCAACAUGCGCUUCUCCUGCGGAGACUUUACCACAGAAUGGCAGAGGCUAGAGGUGGGCAUUGUCACUGGAUGCACAAUCUCAGUGAUUUUGUUUUCAGCAGCGAUGAACCUUCUCGUUAAAUCAGCAGAAAAGUUGCGUCGAGGCGCAGUGUUGGCGAGUGGCAUCCAACAGAUACCUAUAAGAGCAUUUAUGGACGACCUCACCAUCACGGCAAAAUCAGUACCUGAAGGGAGAUGGAUCUUGGAGGAUCUGGUUGAACUCACCGAUUGGGCAAGGAUGGAUUUCAAACCAGAAAAGUCCAGAAGCCUGGUAUUGAAGAAGGGGCGCAUCCAGGACCGGUUCCGCUUCAAGAUCAAAGAUACCAUCAUCCCAACGGUCCUAGAGAGACCGGUGAAGAGCUUGGGGAAAUGGUAUAGGGCAGACCUCAAUGAUAAGCAGAGUGUGAGGGAGAUGAUUAUCCAAGUAGAUACCUGGAUGACAUCCUUAGAGAAGAGUGGCCUACCUGGCAAGUAUAAGGCCUGGGGUUACCAACACGGGGUACUUCCUAGGCUGCUCUGGCCAUUGCUUGUUUAUGAGGUACCUAUCUCUACCGUUGAGGGAUUGGAGAGGAGGAUUAACACCUAUUUGAGGAGGUGGCUGGGCGUCCCAAGAAGCUUCUGCUCCAUUGGCUUGUAUAGCACAGGCAGCAAGUUGCAGCUUCCAGUGACAUCAGUGGUCGAGGAGUAUAAGGCGACAAAGACACGCCAGGCCAUGAUGCUGCGUGACAGCAAAGACGAAAGAGUACGCCAAGCAGGCAUUGUUGUCAGGACAGGUCGUAAAUGGUCAGCCAGCAGAGCAUUGACCGAGGCUGAGGAUCGACUGCAUCAUGCUGACAUCGUUGGGACAGUAGCUGUGGGCAGGCUUGGACUGGGUUGCUCCACCAGAAUAAGCUGGAAAAAAGCUGACCCAAAAGAACGUCGUGGCAUGGUGCAGAGGGAGGUCCGUAAAGCAGAGGAGGAAACCCGGCAUGUCAAGGCUGUUGCCAUGAAGAAACAGGGCAGUUGGACAAGAUGGGAGGGCGUGCGAGAAAGGGCCCUGACGUGGCAGGAUAUCUGGAAUAUGGAAGGACGUCAGAUAAAGUUCUUGAUGUGUUCUGUCUACGAUGUCCUGCCUACUCCAUCAAACCUCCAUAUUUGGGGUAUAGCAGAGAACCCCAGCUGCACGCUGUGUGGAAAGACAGCCAAUCUUGAGCACGUCCUUUCCGCAUGCCGGUCAAGUUUGGCAGACGGGAAAUUCCGGUGGCGUCAUGAUAAGAUCCUGUCUCGGUUGGCGGAUGGUGUGGAACAGGCAAGGAAGAAUCGUAAACCGCCUCCUGAUGGGCUCCACUUUAUCCAUUUCGUCCGGACAGGAGAGAGCACUGCAGCAGUACGGAGGAGUAGAGGGGUCCUGGCCUCAGCAAAUGACUGGGAGAUGCGGGCAGACCUGAAAAAGCAGCUCAAAUUCCCGGAGGAGAUUGCACUCACUAGCCUCAGACCAGAUAUUGUACUGUGGUCUAGAGGUACCAAGCAGGUGGUACUCAUAGAGUUAACUGUACCCUGGGAAGAUAGGAUGGAGGAGGCGCAUGAGCGCAAGCUCAAAAAAUAUCAAGGCCUUAUCCUCGAGAGCCAGCAAAAAGGAUGGAAGGCCUGGAAUCUACCAGUAGAGGUCGGCUGCAGAGGUUUUGCGGGACAGUCACUCUGGAGAGCACUCGGAGUGCUGGGGAUUGAAGGGAUGGCCAGGAAACGGCUAAUAGGCAGUGUCACUGAACAGGCGGAAGCAGCAUCAAAUUGGAUCUGGAUACAGCGGGAGGUGCGGUGGCAGAGCAAACCUGUUGAAGGACUAAAAACACAGUAGAGUUGGGUGGUGGUCAGCGGGGUAGAUCCAGGACGCUGGAUCUGCUGUCGAGCCCUCCCGAGGUGUUAUGGGCUUAAAUCGACGAAACACCAAGGAAGGGGGGUGCCCAUCUGAUGACCGGCUGUAACCACCUAACUCUUGCAGUGUUGAGAGAUGUAGCCCUGAGCUGGCCCUGGGAGAAGGUUGGUGCUUGGAAGGAGAGGAGAGAGCGAUGCCACUGGCUCACAGAUGGGGCAGGGCAGAGUACCUGUAAAGGUGGGCCAGUUGCGAUGAUCACAUCGUUUUUGCAUAUAU